CCAAUGGAAAACGUCUCUUCCUACGGCAGUGCGCCUCCGGUUCGUUAGUUAGCGCCACGUGCUGCGACGAUUCUAACCGGCGCGGCGGCGGGAAUGCGCGGGAAAAGAUUGACACACGAAUCAAGGAUGAAUCUUCUUUAUUUCUUUUUUCAACAUUAAAAUUUUCAACGCAACCUUGUUGGUCCAGCAAGGACGAUGCUCGCUUUCACGUAAUUCUCGUAGGCAGAUAAUUGCGUUAACAUUUUGCUAACGAUAAGAACAGAGCUCUUUGCUCUUCGACUUUCACUGUUUCGCGGCGCUGUAUUCGAAUUCCUCCGAAACCAUUUUGCAAUUCUCAAUUUCACCGAAUUGAUACCGAAGAAUCGAAGGAGUAACGCUAGAAAAUUUUCUUUCUCUUCUCAUCUCGACUCGAUUCACCUUAUUUUCCUUUCGUCUAACGAUAUCAUAACUCUCUUUCAGCGGAUGGAAACGCAGGAAUUCAUUGGGGAAAAAAGCGAGCCGUCUGGACGCAUUAGAUCGGCGCACCUGCAAAGGCGCGCCUCUUUUGAACCAGUUCACGGGACCAAUUACGCUCGCUUCUGGCAAACUUGUCUCACCGUAUCUCGUCGUGGAUUUUGUUCGACCGCUUUUGGCGAUGGCCACGUUUCCAAAUCCUUAUAGACGACCUUUUUUGGACAACCAGACGAGCGAGGUUCGCGCGCACAGAUAUUAAGAUAUGACAUUUUGAUUAUGUUCACGGAUGAAUCACUUCACACGCACGCGAUAUAAUGCUAUUCACUUGGAACCUUGCAUUUGCAUAUUAACGACCUCGAACGUUAAGAACUGGUCUCUGAAAAUGUGACUCCUCUCCAGAUACACUUUUCACGAUUAAUCCAUUUUAGGAUGUCCACGCGGAACGUGACUCGACGGUAAGAGAUUACGAAGGCUGCAGCUUUUCUAGAAUUUAUGAGCCGUAACGUUCAAAGAGCCAGCUCUGACCUGCUGGCCAAUUUCGUCGAAUCAUGAAUGUCCUCGACUCUUCUGACCGCAUCCCUUACAAGCAUUGUCCCUGAUUGGAUCGUUGUCCUUCCUGUGACAAAGGGAUCCUACAGCCUUAUACAGGUCCCAUUGAAUGGUUAUUCUUAACAAUAAAGAUAUCUCGCAUCGCUAUGGGUGCUUCAUCGUCGGUGAACUAUCCAAAAAGGUUGGCUCAGCAAAGCAUUCGUCUCCGGUAUCCCGAGGAUUGUCGUAGGUGUCGAUCCGUAAUCUGGCAAUUCGUAUCGGUGAUUGCCCAUAGAAAGAAUCAAUCCCCGCUGGAUCCCAGCUUGAUCUCAUCACCGGCGAUGGUUCGGCUGUGCUUCGUGCCGCUCCGGCGAUCUUCGUCUCCCACUGGGUGCUCUGUGGCUGGCGGAUCAGUCAGAAAGCGCUCGACGUACGGACAGUAUCGUGCGCGCCGGCCACGACAGCAUGCGCGGGAAUUUCGUUUGUCGUUCGUUUCACGAUUGUCCAUGCUGCGACGUCUCGUUUCUCACUCGACGAUGACAAUUAUUAUCGAUUAGUUAAUAUCAUCUAGUGCGAUCUGACGUUGGAUCGAGAGAAUUGUCAGGAAUUUCAUUCAUUCACGGAUUUAAGAGCAGCGGUCAUCAUUGGAAUAGGACUCAGAAAUCAGGUUUUUAUUGGAAGAAACCGUGCACUUCCCGUCACGAGAAGCUCCGAGAGCAUCAGGAUUCCACCGGCAGGCAUGAUCGAAUGAUGGAGGUGAUUUCGACACGCCGAUACGAGGCUCGUCCACCGAUUCUCAUCGACCCUGAGAAUUCCGUGGCUUUGGUGAAAGAAGAGGAAUGGGAGACCCGCAAGAAGAAGGAAAUAACUACCACCCGGCAAAUAGAGACCAGAGUGAAGCGGCAGGUUGUACUGGAGGACGGCGAGGUUGUGGUGGACUCGGGUCCUUUGGUCACCACCAAUACCACCGAGGAUGUCGAACAACAAGAACACACCACUCAAGAAAGACGAACAACCGGCGAUCAGCCGCAGGAGGUUGAAUGGCCAACAGGUGGAAGGAGUUCCGCGGACGGUGGUAGCAUAGUUCAGAAGGAGUUAAACGAGACGGUGGUGAGGAGUCGCGAGGAGAUCGAGGAGAGGCUGGAAACAGAGGAUCGUCAACAGCUGGGAGAUAUCUCGGACGAGGCGUACCAGCAGGCUGUGCGAAACAACCGGGGUGAUCUUAGAUUGGCCCUCGCCGAAUCGUCCAAGCAGUUGGCGUCGCAAACUGGUCCCAGGGUGGUUCAGCACACGACCAAGUCGAACAAGGUUAUCGACACCGAGAAGACCCUCGAGAGGAAGGAACUUAAACCUGACGGACUGAUCGUAACGGAGAGGAAACGAACGGUCGAGCACGAGGAGAUAAAGGACGACGAGGUUCCUGACGAUGGGAAGGAUGUAGAAGACGAGGGCGCUGAGAAGAGAAAGGAGAGUUCUCAUAGGUUUAUCAAGAAAAGGGACGAGGAUAUAGUGGAUUAUAUCUCUGGCGGCGAGAGGGUUGCUCGAGAGAUGCGCUACGUCGCGGAGACGACCGAGGGAGAAAGAAUCGGCGAUUGGACACCAUCACCGACGGCCAUGAGAACCACUCGUUUCCAUAAACACUCUGGUUUUCCAGGAGAAAACUUUCCAGCCCGCAAGGACGUGCUAACGAAAAAGCCAUUGGACUUCGAGGAGGAAGACGAGGCUAGAAAGUUUGAGACCUCCAAGUGGUUGGAGAGCCAUUUCGGUAGCGAAUCGCGUUCCUCUCACGGCUCCAUCGACGCUGAUGACUCUCCUGUCCCAACCAGCACCAACACGAGCUACAUCAACGUUACCAUGAAAUCUUGCACGCCCAAGGAACGCGAUUAUCAGAAUGUUAAUGCUAAUCGACAUCAGCGACGGAGUACCGGAAGAGAUUCGACCUCUCCUUCCGGAUACUUCCAUGGAAUAAGCGACUGGUCCGAGAGAUAUCAAGGAAGAGAGAGACAGAAUCAGGUGAGAAACAGUUCACCGUCGCAGUACGUGGAGACGGUUCAUACAAACGGACACGCUCACGAGCAUCCAAGGAAACAAACGGAAUCAACGUACUCGAAGACGUACGAGUCUGUUCUUCGUCGCGAACAUCAAGAAUCCUUUCACGAACGACAACGUGUACCGUCUCCGCCUGUUCGACGGAAAUCGAAGGAACAGUGGGCAACCAAAUCCGAAGAGAGGAUCAGUCUAAACGAUUCAACGCCGGCCAGGACCUCGAGUCCUGUUCACGUUGUACAGAGAACCUGGGAGAGUCGUAACCGAGACGUCCAUGUACCAUCGGUCGAACGAGAGGACCGUAAGAAGUCGGUAUCUAGAUCAAGAUCAGCUUCACCGAUACCAGAGUCGAUUCCAGUAAAUGGUAAAAAGUCAACUGAGAAAUCGAGCGAGAAUUCGACACCUGUUCGUCCAGCAAAGAGUAAAUAUCAAAAGGCACUUAGCGCUGCUAAUUGUUUGAACGGUAAGAUUCAUGUUUCAAUUAAAUGUCCAGGUUCAGGGCAUUCCAAAUACAAGAUCGGCGAAUCGUUCAGGAAAUUAGUAGGGAAACUGCGUUCAGCCAGUAGCGAAAGGAAGAACAAACGCGCCAGUAGUAGCUCUACCUCUCAGCUGACUCAAACGGACGACAACGGACCGACCUACAUGCAGUACAACGUGAUCGACAAGAACAUUCCGUUUGUGAACGAAAGGGAGGCCGAGGAGAAGCCUCCGGAGAGGCCCUCCAGGUCUCUCAAGAACGCGAAUGUUAAUAACAGCAGCGGCAAAAUCACGAAAACCGUGAGAACGAGCGAUCAUGGGAGUCAAGAGCAAUGGCAACGCAGCGAAUCGACGCCACCGUUGCAUAGGUAUUAUCUAGGCGAAGAUCCCUUCGGUGGAAGUAUCUAUGGACGCGAGAAAGGAUACCGCGACGCGAGGAGGUCGGGUCAGACACGCGGCUGUAGGACUAGCGGCGAGACCGAGUACAGCGUCGUCUCCAGUUCCCUCGGCAGGUUUAGCAAGUCCACCGGCCGUCUGGCGAACGAUCACGAGAGGGAGGACCACUCGAGGACCACGCAAACCUUACCGAGGAACUUGCACUCCGGUGGACAGUACGGCCGAUCGCAGGUGUCGCGACGCCAAACAGCUGUACCCAGCGGAGUUAAACCAGCCACCGUCGUGCACCCCAACGUUCCACCGUCGAACCAGGCUCGUCGGUACGGGAGCAUGAUCAAUAUUUCUAUAAGGAACACGAUCACACCCCCGAAGUUUGCCGUGCAGAACAACGUCCAACCUCCGGCCAAGCCGGAAAGGACGUACAAGUCAUCCUUGUCCCGUAGCAAAAGCUUCAACGUCGAAGCUGGUAGAAAUGGCGCGGAUACUCCACCGCCACGGAUACCUUAUACAUCUACGUUACAAUUGAAUCGCUUAGACGAAACGCCGCCUCUUAAGAGUCCAGGUAUCUUGGCCAGUAUAAGUCGUAGUAACAAAGAUUUACCGAAGGACACCAGACGCGAGUAUUAAGCAAUUGUCGUGACUCAUUUCACCGCAAAGUUUCUAAUUCUUUUGUAACCAAUUGUUUUUCUUAUCUUAUUUUUCUUUUUAGUGUAACAUAGUUGAAGUGAAAUUCAGUAAUGUCGAUUAGCAGAGGACUUAUCCAGUGAAUAGUUUACUUUUAACAGCUCUAGCCGGGUUUUUAUCUAUCUUUGCUUUUCUUUUUUAACAAAUCCAAGAUUACAUAUCAGUUUAAUAGAGAGGAAUGAACGAUAGGGAUUCAUUCUUAGAUCAUUGUUAUCGUUGUACCAUAAAUAAUAUCAGAGCAUUUGCAUUUAUAUUUUUCAAUCGGAGAAUUUAUUCAAAUAUAGUACGUAUAUAAAUAUCUCUUAGUACAA